GUUCACCCUAACUAGCCCCGUCCGAACACAUCACAAGAAAAAAAAACCCCCGUACCUGACGGGAUCCUGGCCGCAUCCACUGACGGUCAAUGACAGCUGCAUAAAACUACCAACAGUCGAAUUGAAAGACAUACAACGAAAGAAGAUAUUCGCAAGGAAACUAUUUUUUUUUUUUCGAUCAACAACAAACAGCAAAGCAACCGCAAUUUGAGACUCGGAAUCUCCGCAUCCCCCCUUUUUUCGUCCAAUUUAUUCCAAAGUGGCGUCAAAUAGGUAAGGGGAGAAGGGAACCCCUUGGCUCGUCCCGGUCCCAAAACGGGGGGUCAGGUUCCACAUCCGAGUUCACCUCCUCAUAAUUAUUCCGACCCUUCUAUUUUUUUCUUUUUUACCCUUUUUUUUCGUUACGCUGCAAGCCAUCGACAGAGAGCGCCCGCCCGUCCCGUGCGAGCGCCUCCGCCUGCAUAGCCCGCCGCCGUACACUAUUCAUUCCAUUUUUUUUUCUCCUUCGGAAACUUCCAGGGACCCAAUCGACACUCGGCUCCGAAAUCAAGGGAAAAAAAAGGGCCGCUCGGUCUCUUCCUUGCUUUUUUGUGAUCUUACCGAUCUCAACAUCCAAACUCGGUGACAAUGGCCUACUCUAAUUCGCCAGGCUCGUCCUCGUCGUCUUCGUUUGGCGACCGGCCUGCUCGAUCCCACCAUCGACGACGUUCCUCGACAUCAAAUAUCGCCAUCAAUGGCCCUCCGCCUUCGACACAGCUUUUGAACGUGACUGGUCUCGGUAUUCACAGCCGCCACCCCACUCUGCUGUCGCCCAUUCCAGGCACCCCAAGCGAUCCGGAAAUGUCACCGUCACGAACUCCAUCACCAGUUCCCGGUGGAGGCUGGUCCAGCCCCGGGCUCAACAGCGGUAGAUCCAGCCCCUCGAGGGGUGUGGCUGGAAGCACAGGCGGCCACAGUCCCAUAAUAUGGGAGGGUUCCCGGGUGAACCAGAACGGCGGCUCCGGUAAGGGCGGUCCGUCGUCUGGCUUCAGGGCGACGAAUGCGGGCACCAACCAGCGCGGCAUAAUGGGUCACGUUCGCAGGCUGUCAUCUGGUCUUCCCAUGUGGAACAACGGCAAGACCGUGAAGUCGGCAUAUAGCAACAAGGACAAGGGUGCGGGUCAGAAGUGGUACAACCCCAACAGGCUUCCGUUGGUGGCCCGGGCAAGAAGGGGCUACGCGAGGAUGAACAGGACGGCCAAGACCGUUCUUUGGGCUUUGGUGCUGCUGGGCCUUUGUCUUUACGUCUUUUACCAUUCUCCACUCGUGUAUCAUUGGAGGAGAUCUUCAAUGCUCGGCGGUGGUGAGAAGGUUGUCAUCAUCCUCGCAGCCAACAUUGGCGGAGGCGUCAUGGAGUGGAAGGGAGCUCGGGAGUGGGCGAUCGAGAGAGACAGCGUUCGCAACAAGAAGAAGUAUGCCGCCACUUGGGGCUACGAUCUUGAGAUUGUCGACAUGAGCACCAAGAAGCGAUAUGCUCACGAGUGGCGUGAGAGCUGGGAAAAGGUUGACUUUAUGAGGAGCUGCAUGAAGAAAUACCCCAAGGCUGAGUGGUUCUGGUGGUUGGACCUCAACACCUAUGUCAUGGAGCCCUCUUACUCUCUUCAAGAACACAUCUUCGACAACCUUCAGCAGCACGUCUACCGCGAUAUCAACGAGUACAACCCCCUGAACAUCACCCAUCCUCCCAACGACCCGUUCCUCGACGAGGAGUCCCGCAGCGCCGUGGGUGAUGGUCGGCCCGAGUCGGUCAACCUGAUCCUCUCGCAGGACUGCUCGGGCUUCAACCUGGGCUCCUUCUUCAUGCGACGGAGUGAUUGGACAGACCGCCUGCUCGACGUGUGGUGGGACCCGGUCGCCUACGAGCAAAAGCACAUGGAGUGGGCACACAAGGAGCAGGAUGCCCUGGAGCAGCUGUACGUUGCCCUUCCGUGGGUCCGCAAGCACACUGGAUUCCUCCCGCAACGCAUGAUCAACAGCUUCCCGUCGGGCGCCUGUUCCGACAAGGGCCCGGACACGCGCAUCCACUACGACCAGAAGGACCGAGACUUUGUGGUCAACAUGGCCGGCUGUGAGUGGGGUCGUGACUGCUGGGGAGAGAUGUACCACUACCGUGAGCUGAGCUACUACCUCAAUCGAACCUGGUGGGAGCGUUUCAAGGAGGACCUCCUCUGCGCCAUCUGGUUCAAGCUCACCGGUCAGAAGGUCAAGUUCUGAGCUCAGUAAGCCGACGACAUAUUUACGGCAAGGGGAACCGUGCGGACAAAGCAACGCCGACACAGCCAGUCUGUGUGGGCUUCUAUUCUCUCAACAAGGCUGUUCUUUUUACUUCAUUGAACUUUGCAGACCGUGGGUUUCUGCCUUGCUAUACCAUCUACAGAAGAUGACCAAGUAUGGGAAGGAAACCUAUUCGAUUCUCAUUGCGUUGGUACACGCAUAAAACUGCCUUGAUUCUUAUUUUUCAAUUCUCAACCAUUGAUCUCACCAAAACCAUCCCUACACUGGAUGGUGCGUGGAAGAAGUGGUUGAGGUCUUGAUUCGGUUUCAAUCAUCCCUGACCACUUUAUUUUGGAGGUUUCAUUUUUAUUUCCUCACUCUCCCUACCUCCACAAGAUCAUCCCGAGGGUGCUGGAUGAUCAACGACAUGGAGGAUGGAGAACGAAAAAGGAGUUAAUGUGUAACACGUUGUGCAUUGUAUGGAGUUAUAUAUUUUUUUACCCAAGAGAUUCAUGUUUCUCUUUUGCUUUUUAUGUAUGAUCUCAAAGGGAGGCUAGGCUUGCGGCAUUUUUUUGUUAAAUCUUUUGCUACUUACUGUAUUCACUUCCCCAGUCUACAGACUCAGUCAUGUUGAUUCUUUGCAGAUUUGGAGUCUUUUUUUCUUCUUCAUCUGUCUCUGAACAAAGAUGCUUGCAUUUCCAUGGAGGAGAGAGUUCAAAUACUGAACUAUACCAAGACAUAGACCACAAAGAUCGGGUCAUCAAAUGGCAUUUACAAGGGAUUCAGACGAGUCACUAUUUUUAUUAUUGUUAAUGGUCUCGCUGUCAUCCAGAGGGACGAGAACGAUCACAAAACACAGCUUUGGCAAAUGCGAGUUGAACGUUGUCCCGAUACGGCUUGGGGG